AAAAUGAUUACUGAACAUGGCAGUGUUCUUUCAGGGUAUAAUCCUCUCAGUGUUAAUAUAGAUGACCCUUUAACACUCGUUAUCGUACAGAUUAUUCUUAUAGUAGUUUCUACAUACACUCUACACCUUGGCCUUGAGCGUAUUUGCCGGUACAUUGGUCUUGGACAUAUUCGUCUGCCACGAGCCAUAUCUGAAAUAAUAAGCGGAAUUAUUCUUGGUCCUUCUGUAUUAGGAAAUAUUCCGGGAUACCUAGAAAUCUUGUUUCCAGAAGAUUCCCUACCCUAUACUAGGCUUCUGGCUGACAUUGGUUUGGUCCUAUAUUUAUUUUUGGUUGGUGUAGAAUUGAAUCCAAAAAUUAUAUACAGUAAUUUAAAGUUAUUUGUUUCUAUCUCCACGAGCGGUAUAAUAUUACCUUUUACAAUGGGUGUAGGUGUUGCAUAUGUCUUGUAUUAUGCAAUGGAUGAUAGCAAUAAUGGUUCAUUUGCGAGUUUUGUAUUAUUUAUUUGCACUACUAUAGCUAUUACAGCUUUCCCAGUUCUUGCGCGUAUCUCAUCAGAGUUGAAAAUUUUAAGAACUCCCGUAGGAAUCAGUGCACUAACUUCUGCUGUUAGUAACAAUAUUGCCGCUUGGACUCUACUUGCCUUAGCCAUUUUAAUAAACAAUGCCCAGAACUAUUCAAUGGCUCUAUACCCUUUCUUACUCUGUGCUGCCUGGACUUUAAUCGUUGGAUUCGUUAUUCGUCCAAUCUUACUAAAGCUUAUCAUCAUGACAAAUUCAAAUAAUCUAACUCCGUCAAUUUUAAUGAUUGCUAUUACUCUAACGACCGUUUUGAUAUCAGCAUUUAUUACAAGUAUCAUCGGAACUCAUUAUGCCAUUGGAG